CGCGGCCUUAUUGCUUUUUAUUAUCCCCUAUAUCCUGUUUCUAUGUUUCUAUCCAUUUUAUCUAUUCACGUCUUACCCCCUAGUAUGUUGGCCAACCCAAGAGCUAUUCUCUUGUUUGGAUGUCUGGCCUUUGGCGUUUGUCUGUUUGUCUAUUUUAUUUUAUUUUUUUGAUUAGACGGUCCGCACCGUUAACACAUGGGGCUCUAUCUGCAAUAUCUAUUGAGCCGGGAUUAGGAGAAGGGCAGAAAAUCGACCGUUGGGGGACAUUUGAUCCUCUCAAAAAUUGGAACGGUCAUGAGAAGGGACAUGGAUUCGAGCUGCUGUCUUUGGGAGGGAGAUUUUGUCUCUUUGUUAUUUUGUUAUGUUUCCCUCUCCGGCGGUGUACAGCAGCAGGUGGAUAUGGCGGACGAUGGCAUGAACGGGAUGGUUGGAUGAUUAACCCCCUGGUGCAAAACCAGGCAGGCCUUUGUUUUUUGGCCGAAAUGAAUGUGAUGGUAGUUAGUCGCGUCAAUGACAAAAUGAUUCUCCCCGUUAGUAAUGUUGACGUUUUGUGGUUGGAUGUUGUGUGAGUGGGUGGCUGCUCUAGUAUUCGAUUAAUAGCUGCGUUUUUG